AUGGCGGAGCGGACAGUGCCUCAUGCAUUUCCCAUGAGUACUCAGUGUGAACUGAACUCUCCCAGAAGGAUCUCUGAUCAGAACUUUGCCCCAGCUCUUACCCCCCAGGACCUCCUCACCCCCACCCUGUACCAUGGUUAUUAUGUCCGUCCAAGAAUCACCAAGCAGCUAGGGCGGGGCUUCUCUGAUAUAGAGGCGGAGCCAGGGAAGUGGACCGUUCGAUUGGACGUGUGUCAGUUCACUCCUGAUGAAGUCACCGUUCGCACUGUCGACAACCUAUUGGAG